CGAGGCGCUGGAAGCAGCAGCGGCGCGGGCUCCUGCUCUGGACAGCCAGGGCGCCUGCUGCUCUCCCCCGCGAAGGCGGAACGGGGCGCCGGCCGGCCGGCCGCACGAGCGGGUUCUUUGGCUCGCCAGCCAGCGGAGCCCGGGCGGAGGAGGCGGCGGCGGCUGGUGGUGCUGCUGCUUUGCUCGGCGCGGCUCCCGCACUUGGCCAUGGGGGGCGGGCGGCAGCCGGACAGCAGCAGCGGCGGCGGCAGCGCCCGGGCUGGUCACUAAGGAACCCGAAGGAAGGAGGAUGGCCACGUCCAGCAACUCCAGCCUGUCGGGCUCGUCGGUUUCCUCUGAUGCUGAAGAGUAUCAGCCUCCAAUAUGGAAAUCAUACUUAUAUCAGUUACAACAGGAGGCACCUCGUCCCAAGAGAGUGAUGUGUCCUCGCGAGGUGGAGAACAGACCAAAAUACUAUGGAAGAGAGUUUCAUGGGAUCAUUUCUCGUGAGCAAGCAGAUGAAUUACUUGGAGGUGUAGAAGGAGCAUAUAUUCUCAGAGAAAGCCAGCGACAGCCUGGAUGCUAUACCUUAGCUCUCCGAUUUGGCAAUCAGACCUUAAACUACAGGCUCUUUUAUGAUGGGAAGCACUUUGUAGGAGAGAAGAGGUUUGAAUCAAUCCAUGACUUGGUAACUGAUGGCUUGAUAACUCUGUAUAUAGAAACAAAGGCCUCUGAGUACAUUUCCAAAAUGACAACAAACCCUAUCUAUGAACACAUUGGAUAUGCCACUUUGCUCAGAGAAAAAGUAUCCCGUAGGCUAAGUAAAGCAAAAACAGAAUCAAGAAAAGCGAGUGUAACAACGUGUGAAGAAAAUGCACCUGUUGAAAAGAUCACCUCCUUGGUCAGGAGAGCAGCAUUAACACAAAACGACAACUAUUUCAACUACGAGAAAGCACACAAUUUUAAGGUCCACACAUUUCGAGGCCCACACUGGUGUGAAUACUGUGCCAACUUCAUGUGGGGACUCAUUGCUCAGGGAGUCAGGUGUUCAGACUGUGGUUUGAAUGUACACAAACAGUGCUCAAAAUACGUUCCCAAUGACUGUCAACCAGACCUCAAGAGGAUCAAACGAGUCUACUGCUGUGACCUUACUACCUUAGUGAAGGCCCACAAUGCACAGAGACCCAUGGUAGUGGACAUUUGCAUUCGUGAAAUUGAAGCAAGAGGUUUGAAAUCGGAAGGAAUUUACAGAGUCUCAGGGUUCACUGAACAUAUUGAAGAUGUCAAAAUGGCCUUUGAUCGAGAUGGUGACAAGGCAGAUGUCUCUGCAAACAUCUAUCCAGACAUAAACAUCAUUGCUGGAGCCCUAAAGCUGUAUUUCAGAGACUUGCCAAUUCCUGUAAUCACCUAUGAUACUUAUUCCAAGUUUAUAGAGGCAGCAAAAAUCUCCAAUCCUGAUGAAAGGUUAGAAGCAGUCCAUGAAGUGUUGAUGUUACUUCCUGCUGCACACUAUGAGACUCUCAGAUAUUUGAUGAUUCAUCUCAAAAAGAUUACCAUGAAUGAAAAAGAUAAUUUUAUGAAUGCUGAAAAUCUGGGAAUAGUGUUUGGGCCUACCUUAAUGAGACCCCCAGAGGACAGCACCCUUGCCACUCUCAAUGACAUGCGGUACCAGAAGCUGAUUGUGCAAAUAUUAAUAGAAAAUGAAGAUGUUUUGUUUUAG